AUGACGGGUCGGGAGCACCUCGUCCUGUGUGCUGAGCUCGCGGGGUUGAAGGGAGCGACAGCGCAGAACAUAGCGACGUCGCUGCUGCAGGAGUUCGGCAUCGCCGAGUGGGCUGACAAGUGCGUCAAGACGUACUCGGGGGGGACGAGGAGGAAGCUCUGUGCUGCUCUCUCGAUGGUCGGGGACCCCUCCAUCCUCCUCCUCGACGAGCCCAGCACUGGAGUUGACCCGAUCAGCAAGAGGAGGAUGUGGGAUUUCUUCCGCUCGCGGCUGCCAGGGCGGACGAUCCUCCUGACUACACACAGCAUGGCGGAGGCGGAGGCGAUCAGCACUCGGGUGGCGAUCAUGAGCAAGGGAUCGUUGCGCUGCAUCGGCUCCGUGCAGUCGCUCAAGUCUCGCUUCGGUCGCGGCCUCGUCCUUCAGGUCAAGCUCCCUGCUGCCUCUCGAGCUCUCCUGCGCAUGAGGCUGGAGGAGCUCCUGCGGGAGAAGCUCCCAGCAGCGGAGGUGAAGGAGGAGGAGCAGGAGCAGGAGCAGGGUGCUUCCUCCUCCAGCAAGAUGUUGAGUAGCGGCAGCAGCAGCAACAACACCAACAGCAUCUUCACUCUGCACGUGCAGAUGAAGGAGCAAGCAACUGAACCUAGCACGCAGAUGCCGCUUGCUGAUUUGUUUGCUGCCAUGGAGACGUGGAAGGAGGAAAUGAACAUUGAGGACUACUGCAUCAGUCAAGUCAGUCUAGAGCAAGUGUUCCUCAAAGUCACACAGACAAGCGAGGAUGGAGCUGUUUCGUCUCUUCCUCUUCCUCCUCCUCCUCCCGGCUCAUCAUGACGAUUGUCAUCUCCUCUCGCCUCCUUCCUCCCCAUCCCCCCCUUCCCUUUAUCCACAUUUCUCCUCCUCCUCCUCCUCCUUCCCCUCUGCGACAUCCAGGGAGUUUUCCAGUCUCGUACUCAUCCCGUGAUUGUAAUCAACAUGUCUGUCUCUC